AUGAGCAUUUUGAAGAGUUCUGUGUUUCAAGUAUUCUUCUUUAUAAAUUACAUCUACUGCGAAGAAUUUAAUCUAUAUGGAGAGGCAGGACAGGCCUAUGCAUUAGUUAUUAACAUAGGGCAUCCUCCUCAGAAGCUCCAUGUAUUAGUUGAUACAGGAAGCACUACAUUAGCAAUUGCUGCAUAUGCAAGAAAAGACAGUAACAUAUACUUUCACAAAGAAAAUUCAACAAGCUUAUAUAAUAGUGGUAAAGAGGUGCAAGCCAAGUAUUCCCAAGGAACAUGGUCUGGAACACUUGCUUCAGACUUCAUACAGUUCCCCACAUUGCCGACAGUACCGGAAGUGAGAAGUGAUUUGGCUCUUAUCACAAAAAGUUAUAAAUUCUUUAUGAACGGAUCGGGGUGGCAGGGUCUGCUGGGUCUGGCGUACCUGCCGGUGGCGGCGUGGGGCGACAGCGUGGUGGUGGGCUCGUGGCUGGACUUCGCGGAGAAGGUGAACGGGAGGCCUCUGUCCUUCGAGCUGAAGCUGUGCGGCUCGACGAGUCCAGUCAACGCCACUCACUAUGGGAACUUGAGAAUGUUCGUUAAUAAGAAAUCGACCAUAAUAUGGCAAUAUUAUGAGAUUGAUAAACUGGCCGAGUGUUUGUUGUGUAACAACAAGAUAUCAAGAGGCGGAGAAGGAAAGAAAGGAACUACAACUUCUUUAAAAAAUCAUCUUAGAACGAAACAUGCUGAGGUACUCCUCUACUUUAACUGA